AUGGCGCUGAGCUCCCGGGCUCACGCCUUCUCGGUGGAAGCCCUGGUGGGGCGCUCGGCCAAGAGGAAGGUGCCCGACGGGCGAGACGAGGAGGCCGGGGCCGGCUGCAGGCAGAGCCGCUCGGCAGCCGCCCCGGCGCCCCCUCCGCUUUGUGUUCCCCCCGCAGAGAAGCGGCCCAAGGCCGGCGCCGAGAGCCGGGAGGCGAGGGACGAGGUGCAGGUGGAGCUGCAGGGCUCCGAGCUCUGGAGGAGGUUCCACGAGAUCGGCACCGAGAUGAUCAUCACCAAGGCCGGCAGGAGGAUGUUCCCGUCGGUCAGGGUGAAGGUGAAGGGGCUGCAGCCGCUGCAGCAGUACUACAUCGCCAUCGACGUGGUGCCCGUGGACUCCAAGCGCUACAGGUACGUCUACCACAGCUCGCAGUGGAUGGUGGCGGGGAACACGGACCACUCGUGCAUCACGCCGCGGCUCUACAUCCACCCCGACUCGCCCUGCUCGGGGGAGACGUGGAUGAGGCAGAUCGUCAGCUUCGACCGGGUGAAGCUGACCAACAACGAGCUGGACGACAAGGGGCACAUCAUCCUGCAGUCCAUGCACAAGUACAAGCCCCGCGUGCACGUUAUCGCCCAGGACUCCCGCUUCGACCUGGCGCAGAUCCAGUCGCUGCCGGCCGAGGGGGUGCACACCUUCUCCUUCCAGGAGACCGAGUUCACCACGGUGACGGCCUACCAGAACCAGCAGAUCACGAAGCUGAAGAUCGACAGGAACCCCUUCGCCAAAGGCUUUCGGGACCCCGGCAGGAACAGGGGAGUUCUGGACGGGCUCCUGGAGCCCUACCCGUGGCGGCCCCCGCUCGCCCUGGACUUCAAGGCUUUCGGCGCCGACAGCCACGGUGGGAGCUCCAGCUCUUCUCCAGUGACCUCCAGCGGUGGGACGCCCUCUCCUCUCAACCCCCUGCUUUCCCCGUCGUGCUCCCCUCCUGCCUUCCAUCUGUCAGCGGCCAACAUCGGCGUGCCGUGCCCUGAGACCUACCUGCACAGCCUCAGCCUGCCCCUCUACUACAAGAUCUGCCCCGCGAGCUUCCUGAGGCAGCAGUCCCUCAUCUUCCCAAGCCAUGAGAAACUGGGAGGCGCCAGCCCGCCGGCCUUGCCCCACUUCAUGGUGGAUAUGCCAAAACUCUCUGCCCUCGGCGUAACAAGCCUGAAAAAUGGUAAAUCUGAAGACUUAAACGGGCAGUGCCUUCAAGUACCCAGUUCUGCUAGUCAAAUGCUGUAUGGAUUACAUGCAUCUGGAAACAUUUUCCCAUCAAGUCCCAUUGCUCGGGAAGCACUUAAUUGUUCUUUACAUCCUCCAUAUGGCUUGUACGGUUAUAACUUCUCUGUGCCAUCUAGACUGAUGAAUGCAGCAAGCCAUUUCAAAGUGAGUGACAGCAUUCCAGCUUCUUUUAGAGAUGGCAGAUGUAAUCACUCCAACUGGCACUCGGCAAUUAACCAUUGCCUUUAG